GGUUCCACUUUGCAGGACUUAACAAAAUGAGUCUGGCUGUAUUAAACGUGAGAUAGAUCCCCCACAAGGAGCAGUAGUCUGAGUGAUUCAUGUAAACACUUAAAGUCAGUCUUGGAUAAGCUUCCUAGUCAUACAAGUUGACUUUUAAGGGAGAUAAACUCAUCAGGACAAGCUCUGGAGGAAAGGCAACUUACAGGUGAUAAAAAAUGAGCACGAUGAUAUCCUGGUUGCUGCUGCUUCUUCUCCUGGUCAGCUUCAGCUCACCUGCACCCAGGUUGUCGGAAAGAGAUCUCUGCCUCGUAGACAACAACAAAUUAAGACAAAGGUUAAAACACCUUAAAGACUUGCUUUACUUAUAUGAACUGCAACUGAAGGACAUUCUGGAAAACUCUUACCACAGAACAAAAAGUGGGCUGUUCUCAGGCAACAGGACCAUGCAGCUUGAGACGCUUUUACCCACAACCAGUGGAAAUUUGAUAGUCUAUGAAGAAGAUUGUGCUGCCGUGUAUAACCAGAAGAAGACCCAAAAUGGCUAUUACCGGAUCAGGCCCAGAGCAGACCAAGAGCCUUUCCUGGCAUAUUGUGACAUGUCUGAUGGUGGGGGCUGGACUGUCAUUCAGCGGAGAAGUAAUGGCAAGGAGAAUUUCAACAGGAAAUGGGAUGAUUACAAGCUGGGAUUUGGGAAAUUCCAGGGCAAGAAUGAUGAAUACUGGCUGGGCAAUGACCACAUCUAUGACCUGCUUGCUAGAGGAGAGAGCUUGUUAAAGAUUGACCUGAUGGACUGGCAUGGGGAAAGACGUUAUGCUGUCUAUGAAAAUUUCCAACUUGCAAAUGAGCAGGACAAUUACAGGUUAUGGUUUGGCAGUUAUUCUGGUAAUGCUGGCGACGCUCUGUCUGGUGGGAGCAAUUUUGAAAAUCAGUGGUCAGCCUCUCACAGAGGGAUGCAGUUCACCACAUCUGACAAGGAUCAUGAUCGAUUCCUGACAGGCAACUGUGCUUUAGAAAACAAGAGUGGCUGGUGGUUUAACAGGUGCCAUGCUGUAAACCUCAAUGGAAGAUACUACAGAUCAGGAAGGUACCAUGGAACCCAUGACAAUGGCAUUAUUUGGUCUACGUGGCAUGGGGUGUGGUACUCACUAAAAUACUCAUCCAUGAAAAUCAGGGCUCCAUUCUUUGUUGAUGGUGGGAGUGGAGAAGGUGAGAACAGUCAGGGCAUCUGAAACCCACUGCUUUGGAAAGAAAAAAAGUACAAGCUGAAACAAAAAUUGCUUAAGCUAGUAGCCAGCCCUCUGCUGCUCCCAGUCCCCAGACCUGAUAACUGGAGUUGCACCUGUUUCCAGCAGCUGAACCUAACACUGCAAGUUGUUUGAGCACAGCCAGCCAACAAUUUAAUGGAAAAUAAGUGGAUCUCAGUUAUGGAAUAACCAUAGUUUUCAUUUUCAGCAAUUUUCAGGACUUCAUUGGAGGGUAUUUAUUUAAAGCUCUCUGGACAUUGAAUGAUCAAGAAUAUCCUUUUAACUAUCUCUUCAAGGGCUAAAUCUUUCUCAUAUUGAUUUUUACCAUCAGUUAUGAGAAGAUAAAAAUAGAAACAAGGUGAUGGGGAAUUUGGCUUCAUCUGGUGUGCCUUUGUGCUUUCUUCUGGAUCAGGAUAAUGUUUUUAAGCAACUCUCAGUUGCAGAAUGCUCCUGUAGAGUGUGAAACCAAACCAGUGGAUGGACAUGCUCCAGCUGCUAAUGUGCAUCCAGACUAAGGCUACUUCAAAGUAGAUCCCCACAAAACAGACACUGUGGACACUGGGAUUUGUUGCUAAGAACGUCCCACUGCAGAUCCACUUCUGUAGCACACUGCAACUCAGUAAUGCAGACAAAGACAAUGCUGCUGGCCAGAGUCAAGCCUCAGAUUAAAAUCAGGCACAUUUUACUAAAUUGAAGAUGAGCACAAAUAUUCUUGGGAAUUCAUAAAACGAUUAAUUUGUACACGCUCACGUUAAUUUAUCAGAUGAUUUUGGGUUAGACAAGGGGAAUCAAAGUGGAAAGUGACUGAACCACAGAGCUCACUGCUUUCAUUGUCUCAUCAGAGUGAAAGGCAAGAGCAACACAAAUGACUGAAAGAAAUGGAAUACUGAAAAUUUAUUUUUCACAAAUUGUUAAUAACAACAGUUAAAAAUGAACAGUAGUAUGAGCUUGAUGCAAAUCAUUUAACUACUAUCAUGCUGUAGAAUGAACAAUAGCAUUUUUUUUAACUGGUAGUUCUUCUCCAUUUAUUUGCUUUUAGAGCCAUACAUACUGUAAUUUGUAUAUCCACAAAGCAUGAAAUAAAACCAUCUGAGUAGGACUUAA